GGGCGGUGAGGCGAAGGAGGGAGGGAAGAUGGCGGACGGCCUGGACGAGCUCCUCGAUGAAGUGGAGUCGAAAUUCUGCGGGCCGGACGAGGCCGGAGGGACGCCCAGGGGCGGAGGAGGCCCCAGCGGCGGCGGGCGGAGCCGGCACAGGUUAAGUAAAAUGUGCAGUGAAACUUCAAAAGGCGAAGAAGAUAUAGAUGGCCUUAUUAAUGAAAUCUUUGAGGAGCCCCCCUUUGACAAAACGCCGAUUAAAUUGAAAGAUAAAUAUUCAAGUCACACAUCUGUCAGAACUUCUACCCAAAUUCAUAAUAAAAGAUGCUGUCCAGUGUACCUUGGUGGAAGCUCCGCACCAUGGGGUAUUGGAACAAAUAUUUCACAGAGAACAUGUGACCAGCUGCGCUGUACAGCAUGUGAUUUCCGUGUGUUAAGUUUCGACGACUAUCUGUGGGAUAAGUCAUGUGAUUACCUAUUUUUCAGGAAUAACAUGCCAGAACUCGGCAAAUUAAAAGCCAGAUUGGUAAAGAAGAAGGGAACCCGAGCCUACGCCUGCCAGUGCAGCUGGAGAUCCGUUGAAGAGCUUAUUGAUCUCCAAACAGCCCAGCGGCUUCAUUGGGUGUGUGGUCAACAUAAAGGAUGAAGCCUUCUCACGCGCUGGCUAACGCUUUGAAAUGUCUUGUACCCGAGGACAAGCAUUUAGCCCCAGGAUAGAACCCCGUCCAACCGACAGAAGACGAUUGACAUUUUUAAUGUCAGUUCAGAUGGGUAGUUGGACUGUGGAGGACAAACGCCGUAAAUCAUUCUUUUCUAGGUAGUCACUGAAUUCAGCCCAAGUUCGGUUUCUCCACGAUCCCGACGCGUGCCCUCCUGCUCAUCAGAAUCCCGCCAGGCCUCACCGAACUGGCAGACCUCACCCUCGGCGACACCGACAGCAGGGGACCCAACGUCUACGGUUUUUGCCGGAUCGUGGUUUGGAUCAGGACUGUCACCAUUGUAACGGGAGAAACCGGCAAACCUCUUGGCGACACUAUUAGAGGUGAACGAACAUCUCCGGUUCUAGGGAAACACGGUUUGCACCGUCGCCGUUUUAACGGGAGAAACUGUCAGGCGGGCAGAGGUUGCAGACCCCAACUCUAUCGAAACUUGUUCCAUAUGGCUAAUAUCGGGCCCGCAUCAACUUCCAGCCGACACCUCGCCAAGAUGCACGGAAUGAUUCCGUCUCCAUACCAUCGGGGCAAGACGAUAAGCGGUGGCUUCGUACGGAUACUCUGAACAGUGGACGGGUUGUUGGCCGAGCGCGCGUAUGUGCCGAACAAUUCUGCUAUUGAUGGUGUCGCCACUCCACUCAGACAUCUUAAAGGGCUUCCGGAAGAGGUCUGCUGGGCGGCGGAUGGUAGUGAUUUUUCUCUUUGGAGCAGAUGUCCAACUGCUGCAACCUGGGAUGAUAGGUGGUGAGGAUUUGUUACCGUACACCCGAGAGCACUUUAGGACUCAGUAUGAUUACCUCUGGCAAAACCGCAUCUUCUUCCAGGUCUGGGGGUGCCCGAAGGACUCUGAAAAAGCCGAGGUAUGUCACCAACACUUUUUCAAUAUGUCCCAUCUUCAGGGAAUCGAUCCCCCUUUUGCAACAGUGACCCGCUGGGUGUGCUGUUACAGUGAGAGGACUUGCCGUGGCUCCAAAACCUUACGGUAUGUAUGUUCUGCCCAAGUGAUCCCAUCUCCUGGAACAAAGAGCAAAUUGUGAUUAUCUCCUUUACUGGAUGAAAAAAUCAGCCAUUGCCUAGAGAAGGUAAGGGAGGAAAGCAUGCAUUCUUGGGCCCAAAAGAAAAAUAGGAUCAACAGUGGAGCCUCAGUGUGACCACUUCAACAAAAAUAAAACAAGGAAAUGGUGGCACAACCGUUCAAUUCCCUGCUUCCUCCAUGCCAAGGAAGAGAGCAUGGGAAUUAUCAUAUUCCCUGGAGUACCAGUAAGGAGGCUCUUUUUCCACUACUUUAAGCCUCUUAGUAGUAGGGAUGUUAUGUAAAUGGCUGAAAAGGCACAAUGGGUUAUAAUUUAUGAAUCCUUAACUUCCAUUCUUGUGUCCUGCCUAAUUAAAGAUGCAUUUCAUCAAUAAAUUCUAAGCUCCGGCAGGGGAGAGAACAUAUCUAUCAACUCUUGAAUUGUACUCUCCCAAGUGCUUUGUUCGGUGCUCUGCGCACAGUAUGUGCUCCAUAAACACCAUUGAAUUAUUUACGGGUUGCCUACUGUGGCAGAGCCCUGAAUUAAACACUUGGCAGAGUACAGUCAAGGUAGUGGACGUGAUUCUACCCUCAAAGAAUUUUCAGUCUAGUUAUCAGCAUCUCGUGUGUGGGCUACACACAGAUGAUGAUAAAUGUAUUCUAUUAAAUUUCAAUAAUAUAAGAAGAACCAGCUAUCCUGAGAAUCAGUCAAGCCCCAUCCAUUCAAGCCUAGAAGUGUUAACCGGGGUAUUAAUAUGCUGCCCAGGCAUAUUUUAUUUACAUUAGAAACUAGAAAAUUCCUAUUCAUCGUAUUAAUUUUAGUAAAAAAAUAUUUCCCACACUUUGAGGAGACCCAAAUAGCUCUCCAGAUUUUUUUCAUAGUUGUAUCUGUGAAGACAGUCGAUAUUCAUAUAGUUUAACUAGCGUGUAAUUUCAGUUCACAGUGUACUAAGAUGGCUAGGUAAAUAUAUACUUAGAACAGAGAGCAUUUAAACAGGAUAUCACUAAGGCAAAAAAAGUGGGGUGUUAUUUUAAUAGCUGAGGAUCAACUUAUAAACUUUAGUAUUACCCUAUUUAAAAUAUUAAAUUGAGAGCAAAGAGUAUUUAUGUAUCUUAUUCUGUUAAAGAUUAUAAUUCAAAUAAAGUAUGAUUAUUUUUAAUAACAUGGA